UCGAAAGUUUCACCCACCUGCGUUAAAAUCUCAAGAAGUAAAAGAAUUAUUUGCCGUGUACUUUUUGCGACUAGAAUUUUUUGAUUCCUACCAAAGCAAAAACGAAGGUUUAAAUUAUUAAAAUAGUGUAUAGACCUUGUAAAGCAGUGGAAGGAUGAAUCAUAUGCCGAAGAUAAUUUAUUAAUUGUAUACGGAAAUACAAACUUUCUUUCCACAUCCUUCAUCAUGGAUCAAAGUGUAGAUGUUGUGGAUCAUGUGUCUUCCCUAUUGGAUGGUGAAAAAUACAAAGAAGCACUCACUGUAGCAGUAGACGAGAAAUAUGCAAAACAGUUCAAAGAUAACUGUUGGGAUUUAAUAUCUGUUAUUGUUUCAAAAGUUAAUAAUGAUACAAACACAUUGAAGCCCUCACUUUAUGGCACAUGUGAACAAUUUCUAUCAAUAAUUGUUCAGAAGGCGGUCCCCGAGGAAGCUCUCCUAGAGUUUAUUGAACAAAUUGAAGUAUCAAAAAAUGAUGCUCAAUUCUCUAUCAUACUUCAACCAUUGCAGCAACUCCUUCUGAAACUGACACUCAAAAGAGGUAGAUCAUUGGAAUGGUGUCUCAAUGCCAUAAGUACAUACAUUGAUAACAUACCCGUGCCAGAGUAUGAGCUAGAAGGCAAACAACGUCUUUUGAUGGAGUGUGAUGAUAACAUAAGAAGAAUUAAUAAAAUUUACUCCUUAUUACCACCAUUCUACUGCCCUUUUAUUAGUGAAGUGAUGAAUGAUGAUAAAUGUAGACCAAAACAGAUAAUUUCUGCAUUUCUUAUAAGUCUGUUUGGUAAACCAUUAGUUUAUGUGGAUGUAGAUCCUGAUACUAACAAACAAAGUGAAACAAGGGCUUGUACCAAGUUUUUAAUUGCAGAUAUCUGCACUUUGCUUAAAAACCCUUUAAAAUUCCUUGCAUAUAUUGAAAAAUGUAGCAAUGAGAGUGAAAAAACAAAACCCAAAAAUGAAAAAUAUGAUGAAAAUGAAGAAAUUGAUCCUUAUGAUCACAAGGAGAAAGUGAACAUAACUACUUUAUCUGGGUUGUUUUAUGCAUUGCUGUCAGGACAUUUUGAAAUUCCAGACACGGCUCUGCCUCUUGUAUACUCACCAGAAUACCUUGUGUGCACUGUGCUUCUUUGUGGUGUUCAUUUACUCAGUUUUACUGAAUAUGGCCCUCUGUCUAAAGGAAUAUACUUGUGCAAGGAAAUCCUAAAGAAAUACCCUGAAAAUAUUCUUUCAUCUAAAUUAACUAUGGUCCAUUAUAAUUUGGGCAAGAACUUAAUGACCGUAGCUAUAUACUCCAUGUAUCAAUCUUUACGUAAAGAGUCUGUUGUGAUAUUAGGAACACUGGUUAACAAAUUUGACUACAAAGGAAGGUGCUCUCUCAUUAAAUAUAUGAUAGACAAUGCUAAUCACUCUGGGAUGAUUGGUUAUGCAAUAUCUUUGUAUAAAAACUCCUUGGAUGAAGCUUUUAAAGAACCAGAAUUGCCAGCAACUUUUAAGGACUCUCAGCUGAUGGCAAUGUUGAAGAAAAUCUGUCACCUUCCACAUGGAGCAGAAUCAGACUUGGUAGAAUUGGCUGACCAAAUAAUCACAUCUCUUAACCUGUUGAGAUAUUUAGUCAUAAAAGAUACAGGCAAUGUAACUAAUUUUAAAAAUAAUUUUGUGGCAAUUGAAACAAGCUACUUAGAACCUCUAAGGGUGGCACUAAAAAUGUCAAAGGCUCACUAUGAAGUCAAGUUAAAAGAUAUAGAAGAAGCGAAGAAUAAUCCUAAAGAGAAUAUCAAUGUUUCGAUUAAUGUUGGUGGUAAUGUGCUGGACACCAUACCAGAUAAAAACAAGAAAGAAAUAAUAUUAUCAGCAUUAAAUGCUUUUCAUUUGAUUGAAGGUCUUGUUGCUAGAUUAAGUGAAUGUAUCAAUUUGAACAAACAGAAGCCUGUAUAAUAUUUUUUUCACAAUAUGAAUAAAAAUGUUUAAAAUUUU